AUGCUACUAGUAUCGUCACCACCACCAUCUAUUCUAUCAACCUUAGGAUCAACGUUGCCCAACAUGGAGCAGAUCGCCCAGCAGUUCACCGACUUCUACUAUUCGACUUUCGACGCUGAUCGGAACCAGUUGGUCAACCUUUACCGAGCAAACUCAAUGCUCACUUUCGAAGGCUCGCAAGUUCAGGGAGCUCAAGCUAUCGUCGAAAAGCUCACCGGCUUGCCGUUCACCAAAGUCCAACACAAAGUCGAAACUCGUGAUGCACAGCCCACCGGCGAUGGUAACAGCCUUGUCGUCCUUGUUACAGGAAUGCUCGUUGUCGAUGAUGGUGCAAACCCACUCAAAUUCUCUCAGACUUUCACGUUGAACCCUGAAAACGGCUCUUUCUAUGUCUUUAAUGAUAUCUUCCGUCUUAACUACGGUUAA